AUGAAUAUAACAUCGAAAAAUGCGAUCAACGUGUUCACCACAACAACAUUGGGAAACCAUUUCCCUCCAGAAUAUUGUUUCAUUAUCGACACUGAUCGUUUGUCGGAAAGGUUUUGGCUAGUUACCGUUCUUGGCUCAACUUUGUCAGCAAUAAGUAUAAUCGAGAAUCUAUUUUUGCUCGUUUUAUUCGCAAGAAGCAGACAGCAUCGAAAUAGUCCGUCAUUCUAUCUUUUAAUUCUUGCUUUAUCUGAUAUAUUUAUCAGUGGCACUUAUAUUAUGAUUAUGUCUGUCAAAGUAUUAUAUCAAUAUGCCGAGUGGGUUGCUCUCAAGAGAAUCUGGAUCAUUUAUUUGGUGCCGAUGAUGACCAUGUCUCAUGUAGCUAUUACAACAUCUUCAUUUCUUAUCGUAUUUGCCACUGCCGAACGAUUCUUCGCUGUUAUUUCUUAUCGGAACGUCGAAUUCUUGCAAAAUAAUCGCAAAUUGAUUGCAUUAUUAGCUAUUAUUAUUGGACUGGUUACGAAAAGCACUUUGCUGUUCGAGAUAAAAGCAGUUUACAAUCCGGAAUGUACGGGCACUCUCAACGAAUACAAACUCGAGUUGACGGAUUUGGUCAUCCACAAUGCUCACUAUAAAUUAUGGCGAUUCUGGUUCAGAAAUAUCGUCACUAUACUUUUUCCUUUUUUUAUAUUAAUGUAUCUAAAUGCACGAAUAGUUAAUCAACUAAGGGAAAAUGUAAAUAUCGGCGAAAAUAUUGCUGAUAAUAUGAAACAAAGAAAGGCUCGGAUACGUGCUGCAACUCGCACGUUAGUACUUGUCGUCUGCACUUAUUUGUUGGCUAAUAUGUUGAAUGUAAUUAUUACAAUAUGGGAACAUACAGAUGCAACCUCUCUCUUCACAGGAAAAAAAGUAAUAUUCAUUCUCGAUUAUAGUUUUUUUAGCUUCUUGGAUUUCUAUAUCAUAAGCGUUGAUGCCGUUUCAUUACUUACCAUCGUGGCUUGUGCUUUACGCUUACCUAUUUAUGCUAGCUGUCAACCAGUUUUACGUCGCGAGAUGAUUAUCAUGAUAAAGCGGCUAUUGAAAAACCAGGAACUCGAAGAGCGACAAAUUCCACUCUUAGAAAAAAAUAUUGGUGCAUGA